ACAGUGGUGAGCUCUUAGCUUCACCAGGCUCAUCAAAGCUGCUCCAGGAAGGCCAGAGCCAGACCAGAAGACAUGCAGAUCAUCACCACGGCCCUGGUGUGCUUGCUGCUAGCUGGGAUGUGGCCACAAGACGUGGACAGCAAGAGCAUGCAGGUACCCGUCUCCAGAUGUUGCUUCUCAUUUGUGGAGAAAGAGAUUUCCCUGAGGGCAAUCCAGUGUUACAGAAAUACCAGCUCCAGCUGCUCCAAGGAGGGCUUAAUAUUCAAGCUGAAGAGAGGCAAUGAGGCCUGCGCCUUGAACCGGGCUGGAUGGGUUCAGAAUCACAUUAAAAAGCUGAGCCACUGCCUGCCAAAAAGAAAAUGAGCAGAUUUCUUUCCAUUCUGGGCUCUGGAAACCACGUAGCUUCACCUGUCCCGGAAACCCCCAGUCCUAUACCAUUCCUUGUGCUCUGCUUUCGCUGGGUCACAGAGGAUCUGCUUGGUCUUGAUAAGCUGUGUUGUUGCACUUUAUACAUUUAAAUUAUAGAAUUAUCAACCCCCA